AGGGGUGACGGGUAUAGAUUUCUUUACAUCCUUCGUUUUCAAUCUACAAGCCAAAAGUUACAGGCACGUCACUAUAACCAAUUUGACGCCUUGCGUACUGGAUGGCACGGCAUAGCAUAGCCAUAGCCAUAGCGUGGCAUAGCGUGGCAUAGCGUGGCACUGCGUGGCAUAGCAGCUGUAUUCGCCGGUCAGCUUCCACACAGUGGUAGAGUGUCUGAGAUUAUGCCAAAAGGCUUCAGCCCCGACUCCUGUUGCGAGAGAUGGAGAACUAGGACCAUUUGUUGAGUAUCUGAUACAGUUACUCACGCGUAAAAUUACUAUCCAAAAUUUCUACUGUCACGUCUGAGGUGUAGUUAGUAACUUUAAUCUAAUUUGAUCUCUCCUCAGUUCUUCUCCAAGCCCAAAACUUGUGACGUCGUCAAUCCAUUCGUUCAUUUUUUUGAGCUGGCGGCUCUAACUUGGUUGCUGAUGGAGGCAUUGUACUACUACUCGACCCUGAAACCGCUGUUCAACGAGAAAAACACCGUACCCAUUGUGUUUUACUUCGCUGUGGGGUGGGGUUUACCCGUAGCGUUUGCAAGCGCAUGCGCAGAGUAUGCCUAUCCUCACUUUGGCACUCCAGAGAAGAGCGAGUUCUGCUGGAUGUUUAUUGGUGGAGGUGAGGCCUGGUUCUUUGGAGGACCUGUCUUGAUUCUUGUACUGCUGAAUCUUCUCGCCCGAGUAUUUGUCGUGAAAGAGAUUGUUUGCUGGCAGGAUGACCCCGAUGAUAUCAGGAUCGAAAGGGCCAAAACUCGUCUGAUGACGUCAUCAGCGAUGAUGGCGGUGAUUGUGUUGACGUGGCUGUUUGGUGUCCUGGCAGUGAAUCACACCGAGGACAAAAUCUAUCACUACAUCUUCAUAGUGUUCUACACAUUCCAGGGUCUUCUUGUCCUGCUCUUCUACUGCAUUCGCAACCAAGAGAUGUGGGACUAUCGUAAGGAUAAGAGGGACGAAGAAGAAAGAGAAAAGAACAAAACCUACGACUUCGUGUACCACCCAUGAAAGCGACAGGAGCUUCGUGUUACGUCUAAUAUGCUUACAAUAAUUAAUAAUAAUUAGAAUAGCUCACCUGAAGCAGAAUGCACGUUGCUAAGACUCACUAGUUUUCUAGGCCAAACAAUAAAAAACAACAAAACCAAAAAAAAAACAGAAAGCUAAGCUAUAGAGUGGUAAUUUUGCUUAAACCUGAGAUUGCUUAGGUAGGUACUUACGAGAACUACUGUCGAACCUCCAAAUGCAAACGCCAGAUUUUAACGGAUUAUACGUGGGCACCUCACUUACUGGGACUCCCUUUCUGGUCCCAAAGGCGUCUGCUUACGGGAGGCCCGACUGUAUUUGAGAGAUCGAUGAUUAGAUAACCAGCUCUGUUGAAUGAGAAUUUAACUUACUUCUCCAUGAUAUUCACGUUUUAUAGCAUAUGUUCGAUCGGACAUUAACUGAACACACUGAUUUCAUAAUGUUAAUUAUGUGAGUAAGUCUUUAAAGAAGGACAAGAUUUACAUAUAAGAUAAGAUAAGAUAAGAAAAGAACUUUAUUAACGUGUUGAAGUCGUUAGCAUACAAUGUAUACUAACUGGGGACACCUAUAUAGUUUAAUAAACUUAAAGCCUAGGAAUAAAACGGCCUUGGAACAGUGGCAAUUUAUGAUAAUCUCUCCGGAUCAGUUAAAAACAGAGGGAUGUACGUAGGCGAAGACCUUGGCCAAUCUAUCAAUAUCAGAUCCACUGAUGACUACAGCCAGCCUCGCUUUGGAAAACCUGACAGUGAGGUUGAACUAUUGUCCUUAACACAGAACUCUCCCCAGGUCUCCUGAGUCUUCUGAGUCUUCUGGUCAUUCUCUUGACCUGGGAAAAUGGCGAGCAGAGCGUAAAAGCCGUGACGUAACGGGCAGGGGGUAAGACUCGGCGAAGAGCUGGUACGGGUAUCCAUUUACAUGUAGUCAUCUGUGCUGCCUGCGGAUCUAUUUUCUUGGCACUUCUUUUUAAAAACGGAACUUAACAUACAUCAAAUUGUAAAUGGCGUAUCAUGUUUUCAUGGACAGACUAUUUCAGUCUGGAGUUUCAUAGCUUUCCUCUGUAGCAUCCACAUAAAAUAACUUGUUUCAGGCUUAAAGUUCAACAAACACAUUGAUUUUAUUGCUAUCGUUUAACUUAAUCACUUUUAUACGAUAUAAUACAAUGCAAUAAAAAACAGAAGCGUUAAGUGAA